CAAAAUCAGAAUUCACAAGUAAAAGCAAAAAAGAGAUCUUUUUCUUUCUUCUCAGCAUAGCUAACACAGCCUAAACUGAACCACCACUAAAAAUCCGAAAUUAGGGUUUCACUUAAAGAAUUUCCAAAAAAAAAUGGUCUGUUGUGGUGGUUCAGUAUCAAUCUUAUCUCCAACAUCAUCUUCAUUUCCCGCCAACUCUAACACCAUCAAUAACGAUUCAUCAUCAUCAUCAUCAUCAUCAUUCCUUACUUCAUCUUCUUCUUCUUCUUUUACAUGUAGUAAUAAUAAUAGUAAUAGAUUCUUGAAAUUUUCUAGAAAUAAAAAACAAUUUUCCUGUAAAAUUCGAGCUUCUUAUUCUUCGGUUGUUGAAGAUGGUGAGAAAUUUGUUGGUAAUAAUUCAAUUGCAGAUUUUAUGAGGUUUAGAAAAGGAAAUGAAAAAAGUAGUGGUGAAUUACAAACUGCCGUUGUUAGUUAUAGAAAGAAAUUUCCUUGGUCUUUAUUGAAACCCUUUCUUCAGGUUGAUCUGGUUUCGACGAUUCACAUUGGCGAUAAAGAAUACUUCGAGGCUCUUCAGAAGGAUCUUGAAUCUUAUGACUGUGUGCUGUAUGAGAUGGUAACCAGUAGAGAGAAUUUAGAGAAUAGAGGAAACCCAGCUGCUACCAAAAGGCUAGCAGGACGUUCACGGGGCUUCAAUAUUAUUGGUUGCAUUCAGCGUCAGAUGGCUCGAAUUCUUACCCUGGAUUUCCAAUUAGACUGUCUAAAUUAUGACGCUAGAAAUUGGUACCACGCAGACCUCGACAUUGAGACAUUUAAAUUGCUCCAGCUUGAAAGAGGCGAAAGCUUCUUUACAUUUGCUCGAGAUAUGACUGUCAAAUCUACAAAAGCCUUUGUGCAAGCAGCUGCUGUACCCAAGGGUCUAGAUCCAGUGAGAUCCAAACUUUUAUGGGCUUCUCGAGUGUUGCCUAUGCCACUUGUCGGUCUUCUCCUUAUUGGAAGUGUUUGUUAUGACGAGGGAGAUGAAGGUUCUGACUACCCAGAGCUGGAGGCUUUGUCUAGACUGGACAUUGGUGGUGCAUUGAAGAUUUUCCUGGCCAAGCGGUUGACCUCUGAGUUCUCACAAGUAACAUCAGAUGUAGAAGAGAGCUCUGUGAUUAUAGGAGAGAGGAACAGAGUAGCAACUUUGGCUUUGCAGAGGGCAAUUGAUGAUGGGUGCAACAAGAUUGCAGUAUUAUAUGGGGGUGGGCACAUGCCAGAUCUGGGUAGGCGUUUAAGAGAGGAUUUUGACAUGGUUCCAUCACAGGUAGAAUGGGUAACAGCAUGGUCUAUAAGAAACAAAGAGCUCGACAGCGAGGCAAUUCCAUUUCUCAAGACAUUGGCCGAAGUAACUGGUUGGCCACUGAACAGGUACCAAACCUUAGCUCUGCUCAUAUUCUCUUCAGUUCUUGCACUGGAUCUCUGGUUUUGGGAGCUCUUUUUUGGGACAACAGUGGACUGGAUAUCUCACACUGUUUCAGAAAUCAGCCAAUUUGUUGAGAAUUCAAAGCUGCUUUAGUCAAUCUCAAUUUGUGUAGAUUUGCAGUUGUUAUAUUGUUACUUGGGGUCUGUAAAUGCGUGUGUAAAUAGUGUAAGCUCAUUUCUUGUUACAGACCUUCCAUAAGCAAUUAAGCUUCGCAGAACAGGCACAAUUACACAGCCAUAGAAUAUUGCCAAUAUUUGAAAUCUGUAAAGCUUCCUGAUUUCUGUUAUUGUUUCAAACUUUCAACGUGGCUAGUGAUUAUUGACAUUAUAAUCAAAGUUGAUUGAUA